AUGGCAGAGGCGAUCGGUGUGUUUGCCAGUGGCGUGGCAGUCGUCCGACUGACUGCCGGCAUUGCCACAGCUGCAUUGAAGCUCAAACGGCUCUGGGACGAGGUCAAAGACGUACCUGAGAACAUCCAAAGCUUAUUGGAGCAGAUCGACAUCCUACGACUAGCCGCAGAAGACACCCAGCAUGGCCUGGACCAAUUUGCUCCUGUCUGCUCAGCAGAGACGAUUGUACGAUACUGCCAAAAAGCUGAGCAUUCGAUCUCGGAGCUUGUCGACACCAUGAGCUCUCAUAUCAAUUCCAGCAAGUCAUUCAAAAGAGGGUUCGGCAAGAUCAGGUUCUGGAUGAGAAAAGACCUACUUCAAGCUCACGAACGCAAUCUGCGGAACGCUUUCGAGCUGCUGAUGCUGGUAAAUCAACAGCACAUGAAGUAA